AUGGUACGUAUUGGUUUUGUAUUGGAUCAUAUCAGUGGAUCAGAUAUCAAUUGGCUGUUUGAAACAAUUGAUGAGGUGUUAUCAAGAGACAAUCACAGUUUAGAAGAAUUAUUAAGACAAGAUUAUCGGACAGAAAACCCAAAUCAUGCUAUUGAUAUCCUACUAUUAAUUAAUAUUAAAAACACUUACCAUUUAGAUGAUCUAUUAGGUAAAAUAUAUAGUAACGUUAGAGAUAUUCUUAUGCAGAGAGACCUGACUUUAUUACCUUUAAAUGUGCUAUUAGGCAAUUUCAACAAACAAGAUUUAUAUUGGGACCACAUAUUUCUGUUAGAUCCAUCAAUACUAAAUAACUACGAUAUCCAGUUUGGUACACUUGAGAAAAUAAUACAUUCCUCUUUAAAGAUGGAUGAUAGUAAUAGCAUUAACAACAAUAACACCCAGGCAAGUACUAUAGAUCAAUAUUCAAAGAAUCCAAACCAGUCAGUAGAUCAAGAUAGAUAUAAAAUGACAGCUGUUGGUGGUACAUUUGAUCACAUACAUGAUGGACAUAAGAUUCUGUUGACUAUGGCUGCAUUCUUGACUUCAAAGAGACUGAUUAUUGGAUUGACAGAUGAAGAAUUGUUAGUCAAUAAAAAAUUCAAAGAGUGCAUGGAAUCUUUUAGUAAACGAGAAGAUAAUGUACUCGAGUUUUUACACAUUUUAAAACCACAAUUAUUAGUUGACAUUAUCCCACUACAUGACGUGUGCGGACCCACCGGAACUGUACCGGAGAUUGAAUGUCUAAUAGUCAGUAGAGAGACCGUAAAGGGUGGGGAGAUUGUUAAUAGGACUCGUCGGGAACGUGGAUUUAAUGAGUUAAAAAUUAUAGUAGUCAAUGUCUUAGGUGGUGAUGAGAGAGAUGGUUGGAAAGAGAAAUUGAGUAGUACGGAGAUUAGAAAAAUUCUAUCAACACAGGCUUCGACUAAAUAA